GCAGGUUUGAGACGGGCCAACUCAGUCCAGGCCUCCAGACCUGCCCCGGCCUCGAUGCAGAGCCCAGCACCUCCUCAGCCUGGGCAGCCAGGGCCCUUGGGAGGCAGCAGACCCAGUCCUGGGCCAGUGGGACGUUUUCCAGAUCAGAGACCAGAGGUGGCUCCAAGUGACCCUGGCUACACAGGGACCACUGCCCCACCCCGAGAGGAGAGAACAGGGGGAGUUGGGGGUUACUCAGCAGCUGGAUCCAGGGAGGACCGAGUGGGCCACCCACCGGGUCCCUACCCCCAAGCAUCUGCAGCUGCCCCCCAGCCUGCUGUGGCCCCUGCUCGCCAGCCACCACCCCCAGAGGAGGAGGAGGAAGAAGCCAACAGCUACGACUCGGAUGAAGCAACCACCCUGGGAGCCCUGGAAUUCAGCCUACUCUAUGAUCAGGACAACAGCUCCCUGCAGUGCACCAUCAUAAAGGCCAAGGGACUGAAGCCCAUGGAUUCCAAUGGCUUGGCAGAUCCCUACGUUAAGCUGCACCUCCUGCCAGGAGCCAGCAAGUCCAACAAGCUUCGCACAAAAACUCUACGGAACACGCGGAACCCCAUCUGGAAUGAGACUCUAGUCUAUCACGGCAUCACCGACGAGGACAUGCAAAGGAAGACUCUCAGGAUCUCUGUCUGUGAUGAGGACAAAUUUGGCCAUAAUGAGUUUAUUGGUGAGACCAGAUUCUCGCUCAAGAAACUGAAGCCCAACCAGAGGAAGAAUUUCAAUAUCUGUUUGGAGCGAGUGAUCCCCAUGAAGCGUGCCGGGACCACCGGGUCAGCCCGAGGCAUGGCGCUUUAUGAGGAGGAGCAGGUGGAACGGAUUGGUGACACGGAAGAGCGUGGCAAGAUCCUAGUGUCCCUCAUGUACAGCACACAGCAGGGGGGCCUCAUCGUGGGCAUUAUACGCUGUGUGCACUUGGCCGCCAUGGAUGCCAAUGGCUACUCGGACCCAUUCGUCAAGCUCUGGCUGAAACCAGAUAUGGGAAAGAAGGCCAAACACAAGACUCAAAUUAAAAAGAAAACCUUGAACCCCGAAUUUAAUGAGGAGUUUUUCUAUGACAUCAAGCACAGUGACCUGGCAAAGAAGUCCCUGGACAUCUCCGUCUGGGACUAUGACAUCGGCAAGUCCAAUGAUUAUAUCGGCGGCUGCCAGCUGGGGAUCUCCGCCAAGGGAGAGCGCUUAAAACAUUGGUACGAGUGUCUGAAAAAUAAGGACAAGAAGAUUGAGCGUUGGCACCAGCUACAGAAUGAGAACCAUGUGUCAAGCGAUUAGGAUAGUGCGAGAUCCCCAGCUCCAUGUCCCACCCUGUGCUCGGGUCACCCCCAGCCUGCCCCAGCUGCCCACUGCACUCUGGUCUCUCUUCUCUAGGCCUCCCUCCCACCAUCUCCUGCUGCCCUCUCUGAGCCUGCCUUCGAGGUUUCCCCUCCUCACAUCGGGCACUGCUGCCAAAGACCUCUGCUCCCUCCCCAAUGCUGGGAUGCAGGCUCUGAACGCAGCCCCUCUCUGGUCCCUAGGAUGGAGCAGUAGGGGUGGGAAAGGGGAGAUGUUUACAAAGAGGUGGUUCAUUUAAUAACCUCGCAGUUUGGGUAAAUUACAAAGGUUCUUCAUCUUUUGGGACUGUUUUUAGACCCUCCUGGCCUUGAGUACACACACACACACACACACACACACACACACACACACACACACACACGCCCCUUUCAUCCCCUGUGUUGUGUCUGCAUGUACCCUCAGUUGUCAGCAGACUCAAACACACCAUGAGGACAAGUAUUGGGGCAGAAAUGGAGUAUCCAGGCUCCCACUGUCUCUCCAGCACACACGCCAAUUGCCAGGAAAACAGAGUACUGUGUUCAGGAAACCACCCUCCCUGUUCCAAAUGCAUUGGAAAAUAGACAUACAGAAUAUAUCGAGGGACUUUGCAGCCCCCUCUUUCAGAAUGUCACCUAUUUGCUUCCUAGCAAAAA